AUGUUCUUCAACUACCGCCCCAGCGCAAACGCACACCGCACAAGCGCAAGCACAAACCAAAGCUCGCUGUCCGCGCCUUCCUCGCCGGACCCUUACCAUUCCCGUGAGCGCUACUCAAGCGUCUCCAGCUCGUCCUCGACAAACGGCGACCGUCGUCGUCCUCCCCGUCCAAAGUACGAGGAAGAGGAAAUGUACUUCAUCUGGUACCACCGUGUCGAUCUGUGUCAGGAGUGGAAGGAGGUCAGGGAGGCUUUUAAUCGUCAGUUCCCGGACCGUCAGAGACGCGGCUUCCAGGGUAUCCAGUGCAAGUUUUAUCGCUUCAUUAAGGAAAAGAAGUGUCCCACUCUGCGUGAGCAGAGGCGCAUGCGGGAUGGGGAGUUCCUGAGAGAGGGGGGGCUUCCGCUGCGCUUGCUGGGGAUCAUGGGGCUGCGCCCAAGUUUGGGGUUAGGGAAUAUACUAAUGUUUGGUAUUCUUGGAUGA